AUGAAUUUACCUACAACUAUUAUUUCAAUAAUUGAAAAUUUAGUUUUAAUGUUACCUGCGUUACUGGUAGUGGCAUAUGUAACUGUAGCUGAAAGAAAAACUAUGGCCAGUAUGCAAAGAAGAUUAGGUCCUAAUGCUGUAGGUUACUAUGGUUUAUUGCAGGCAUUCGCCGAUGCUUUGAAAUUAAUUUUAAAAGAGUAUGUUGCACCUACACAAGCUAAUUUAAUUUUAUUUUUUUUAGGUCCUGUAGUAACAUUAAUAUUUGCUUUAUUAGGUUAUGCUGUUAUCCCAUACGGACCUGGAUUAUCUUUAGGAGAUAUGGAAUUAGGUAUACUAUUUAUGCUAGCUGUUUCAUCUUUAGCUACUUAUGGUAUUUUAUUAGCAGGAUGAAGUGCUAACAGUAAAUAUGCUUUUUUAGGGUCUUUAAGAAGUACAGCCCAAUUGAUUAGCUAUGAAUUAGUUUUAAGUUCAGUAUUAUUAAUCAUAAUAAUGAUAACAAAUAGUUUAAAUUUAAAUAUAAACGUACAGUUUCAAAAAAUAGUAUGAUUAGCUUUACCUUUAUUUUGUAUACUAAUAAUAUUCUUUAUAGGUUCUGUAGCAGAAACUAACAGAGCUCCUUUUGAUUUAGCAGAGGCUGAAUCAGAAUUAGUUAGCGGAUUUAUGACCGAACACGCAGCUGUUAUAUUCGUUUUCUUCUUUUUAGCCGAAUAUGCUAGUAUUGUGUUAAUGUGUAUAUUUAUAAGUAUUUUAUUCUUAGGAGGUUAUUUAAUACAAUUCGACUUCCUUUAUAUAUUUGAUUCAUUAAGUUUUAUACAUGCUUAUCUAUUUGACAUAGAAUGAACUACAUCUACAGAAUACUUUAAAACAAGACAACUUUUAACUAGUUCUUCUGUAGAUGGGUUAUUGUCUAGUUUAACUUUAGGUAUAAAAAGCUCAAUAAUGGUUUUUGUAUUUAUUUGAUGCCGGGCGUCUUUUCCUAGAAUUAGAUUCGACCAGUUGAUGUCCUUCUGUUGAACUGUCUUACUGCCUAUAUUAUUUGCAUUUAUAAUAUUAAUACCUUCUUUAUUAUAUAUGUUUGGGAUAUACUUUAUAAAUAUAAAUUUAUUCUAA